AUGGUUGCUGUAGCAUUACCUGAGAGUCUUCCAGAAGUCGAUUCAUUUCCACAUGUGGAGGCAGAAAACAAUGCAUCUGUAAAUAAUGAUGAAGACGCUAGACCUCUUGUGGGGAUCAUUUACCCUCCACCGGAUAUACGGAAUAUCGUUGAUAAGACUGCCAUAUUUGUUGCAAGAAAUGGAGUACAAUUUGAAGAACGCAUUCGCGAAAAUGAAAAACAUAACGCUAAAUUCAGCUUUUUGAAUCCUAACGAUCCGUAUCAUGCUUACUAUCAGUACAAAAUCGCCGAGACCAAAGGUGGUAAAGUUUCUAAAAAGGCUGAACCAAAAGAGCUUAAAGUAGAAGUUAAGGAAGAAGGUUUCCUACAAAGAGCUCCACCAAAGGAACCACCAUCUUUUGAAUUUAUGAAUGAUAUGCCUUCUAUAUCAGCACAGGAUCUUGACAUUCUGAAAUUAACAGCUCAAUUCGUAGCACGUAAUGGGCGAAAGUUCAUGACAGCUCUGUCGCAGCGUGAACAACGCAAUUAUCAAUUUGAUUUUCUAAGACCGAAUCAUAGUUUAUUUGCAUAUGCAUCAAUUGAUUGGCAUGAUUUUGUCAUUGUGGAAACUGUCGAAUUUACUGAAGCCGAUGAAACAAUUGAUCUCCCUCCACCUAUGAGCAUAAUUGAGCUGGAAAACAUGACUCUUGCCCAAAAGAAGAUGGCAUCAGUUAAUAUUGUAGAAACAAAUGAAGAUAAAGCAGCUGAGAUUGAUAUGGAGAUGGAUGAAGACGUUGACAUGGAAGAAGAGGAUGACCAAGCAGCGGCAGACGAUGAUGAGCAGGAUCAAGAAUCAACACCUACUGUAACAGAAAUUAAACCUCCAGAUACGUCUGCCCCUAUGAAAAUUGUUAAAGAUUAUAAACCCAGAGCUUAUGCGCCUAAAACUACCACCGAAAGACAGACGGUCAUAUGCCCAAGAUGUAAUCAAGCAAUUCCUUUGGACGAGAUGGCAAAUCAUGUCCGUAUAGAAUUAUUAGAUCCUAAAUGGAAAGAACAAAAGAUGGCGGCAGAUGCCAAAAAGAAAGAAUCAAAUCUGUUACAAGAAGGAACGGAUGUUGCUAAAAUUCUCAAGACAUUUUCCGGUUAUCGUUCCGAUAUUUUUGGAAAUGAGGAAACUGAAAUCGGUCGAAAGAUUGGAGAAGAGGAAGAAAAGAAAAAACGAAUUGAAAAGGAGAAGGUUGUAUGGGAUGGUCAUACUGCGUCUAUAAAUAUGGCGACUCAACGAGCAGCGGCUGGUGUUUCAAUCGAUGAACAAAUUGCGGCGAUCCAUCGAAGCAAAGGCCUGACAAGUGAUAGCGACUCUAAAAUUGGGAUACAACCACAUAUAUCCUCGGCUCAACAACCUAUAUUCACUGGUUAUCCGUCUCACACAACGCAAAAUGCUCCAAUACCUCCAGGACCUCUACCAGUCGCGUAUUCUGGCUAUGUUGGGUCUUCUGCGCCAUUUGCACAUCAAUUACCAGGUUUUAUUGCACCAAUCGCAUCCCAAAAUGUUAAUAUGGCUUCCCAACAACCUUCUCAAGUCCGCCCACCUAUCCCACCAAUUCCUCAACUUCGCCAAUCCUUACCAGGUCGAACAAUGGAAGACGAGGUGGACAUUACCAUGCUAUCAAAACGACAAAAAUUAGAUAAUGGUUCCUCGAUGGGAAGCCUCGUAUCAGAAGAAGAAUGGAUAGCUUCUCAUCAGGGAUUAAUAAGUAUACAAAUUCAGUGCCCUAUAAUAUCUGAGAAACCAGAAUGGAAUUGUCAAGGACAAAUCAUUGUUCUAGAUAAUCUAUCACUCACAACACUAGUUUCUGCUGUGAAGGAUAAAAUUUUUGCAAGAUUGAAUUUUCCAGCGGGAAAGCAAAAACUUACAAUAGGGGGUGCCGUGAUGAAAAAUCAGGUAUCAUUAGCAUACUAUAAUAUUGAGGAUGGUGGAAUCAUUGGAUUAGCAAUUAAAGAUCGAGGGAAAAAAUAA